CUCGCGCUCCCUUCUCCGACCACGCCAUCCUUGCCUCCAACUAACCCCCUCCUCCCUCCUCACGCUCUCACUGCUCCCCCACCACUCCGCCGCCGCCAGCGUCGUCUCCCGCUCCUCCUCCCCCAGCACCACCGCCACCGCCGCCGGAGGCGACGAUGACGCUGACGAUCCCGGAGGACGUGCGCGCCAAGGCGGAGGUCUACGUGGGCGACGCGGCGGGGCAGGAGAAGACCCGGCUGCUGCUGCAGGAGACGGGGCUCCCCAGCGGCCUCCUCCCGCUCAAGGACAUCAUCGAGUGCGGGUACGUGGAGGAGACCGGGUUCGUGUGGCUCAAGCAGCGCCGCAAGGUGGACCACUACUUCGCCAAGGCGGGGCGCCACGUCUCGUACGGCGCCGAGGUGUCGGCGGUGGCGGAGAAGGGGCGGCUCAAGAAGAUCACCGGCGUCAAGGCCAAGGAGAUGCUCAUCUGGGUCACGCUCCACGAGAUCUGCGUCGACGACCCGCCGCAGGGGAAGCUCCACUGCAAGGCCGUCGGGGGCUUCUCCAGGAGCUUCCCCGUCGAGGCCUUCGAGGCCGACGGCCCGCCGCCGCCGCCGCUCGCCCCGCGGGCUGCCAGGGCGGUCCAGGUCGCCGCCAACGGCAACGGCAACGGCGUUGCGGCUAAGGAGGAGGCGGCGGCGGCGAAGAAGGAGGGCGCCGGGGAGGAGGGGAAGAAAGAGGAGGAGGCCCCCGCCGCCGCCGCCGGGGAAGAGAAGAAGAACAAGGAGGGCGACACUGCUGCGGCCAUUGACAAGGUCGAGGAGAAGCUCAAGGAGAUGAGCACGGAGGUGGCGCACCAGCACGCCGACGCGGUGGCCGCCAAGAACUGAUACCCUUUCCUCCGCCCGUCGCCGCCGCGGCCAUGGCCGCCAUUUACUAGCUACUACCGCCCGCCACUAUUCCCGGCUACGAGCUACCACCACGUCAUAGGAAGAAAAGGAGGCGACCUGCUGCUCUGCUCUGCUCUGCCGCCCGUCAGAGACGACGACGAGGAACCGAGGCAAGAUUGGGGGAGCUCCAUUACUCCGACCACCACCACCACUGUUCCGAGUGUUCGAUUUCGUUCCGAAUAAUCCACGCACGCAUGUAAUACGGUCCGUCUUAAUUUCCCUGCCGUUAUUAAACUCCCCCCCAAAUGUACUAUGUAUCGAUCGAUCGCGUUCUCAGUUUCGCUCA